AUAACUAAGCUGACAGCAUGUGUGGUGAGCCCGGAGAAUUCUCUGCCUCAGGAUGCUCGUAAAGGAGAAUCCAUGAAAGAAGUUUCCACAAUGGUUUGUUCAGCUCUCAGAAGAGUUGCCCACGUGCGUGUCUACCUGGUGAGGACAGCAAGUAGUGUCUCCAGAGGCCACCAGCAUCCGGCCUUGGGCUCGAGGCCUGCUACUUCAGAGUCUGCUGCCCGAGGAGCUCUAGGUAGUGUGGUGGAGCUGUUGGGCCAGUCCUACCCUCAGGAUGACUACAGCAAUCUCUCCCAGAAGGUCCUCUCCAGAGUUGGCAGAAAUCUGCACAACCAGCAGCAUCACCCUCUUUGGUUGAUCAAGGAGAGGGUGAAGGAGCACUUCUACAAGCAAUAUGUGGGCCGCUUUGGGACUCCGCUGUUCUCAGUCUAUGACAACUUUUCUCCGGUGGUCACGACCUGGCAGAACUUUGACAGCCUGCUCAUCCCAGCUGAUCACCCCAGCAGGAAGAAGGGAGACAACUACUACCUGAAUCGGACUCACAUGCUCCGAGCACACACCUCUGCGCACCAGUGGGACCUGUUGCAUGCUGGGCUGGAUGCCUUCCUGGUGGUGGGUGAUGUUUACAGGCGUGACCAGAUCGACUCCCAGCAUUACCCAGUUUUCCACCAGUUGGAGGCCGUGCGGCUCUUCUCCAAGCACCAGUUAUUUGCUGGUGUAAAGGAUGGAGAAAGCCUGCAGCUCUUUGAACAAAGUUCUCGUUCUGCCCAUAAACAAGAGACGCAUACCAUGGAGGCCAUGAAGCUCGUAGAGUUUGACCUUAAGCAAACACUUACGAGGCUUGUGACACAUCUUUUUGGAGAUGGUCUGGACAUUAGAUGGGUAGACUGCUACUUUCCUUUUACUCACCCUUCCUUCGAGAUGGAGAUCAACUUCCAUGGAGAAUGGCUAGAAGUUCUUGGCUGUGGAGUGAUGGAACAACAACUGGUAAAUUCAGGUUACUGAAAAUGCAAACAACAGGGGCAAUGUGGGGCAGUGGAAAGAGCA